AUGGCGUCGCGCGCUCCCGUGCGUUUCCCUGGCAGCGGAGGCCCUGAUGCGGACACCCACCUGUCACCCCAACUCCGGGGCUCCACAAGUGACGGUAUGGGGGAGAGGCUGCGCCUGCCCGGGCUCUACCGGCGGGUGAGCGCCUGGAGCGACAGCGGCGAGGACUGGAGGAGCAGCUCUGCCUCCGUGUGCCGGGGUGACCGCUGGGACGCGGGGAGCUCGGGCAGUGAGCGCUCCGGAGCCCGGCUGCACAGUGACCCGGACGAGCCGUCCUCCCCGGGACCGCACGGCGGCCGGCCGGCUCCUCUGCUGCGCGGGAUAUUCCAGAUCCAGAAGAGAAGCUGCGACGUCUCCCUGACCGGCAGCCGCCUGCUGUGGAGCCCCGUCCUGCCCGAGCACCCGGGAAGCUCGAAAGUCCAACCACAACCUAAAGAAGAAUCCAUUGAUCUGAAGGACAUAUUUUCUGUGAAACUGAAGAGACGCAGAUUGGCAGGGCAGGAUAAAGGUGGAACCCUGCUGGGCAUCACAAUCUUUCUCUGUAACAGAAAGGGACAUAAGCUAAAAGAUAACGCCAUCGACUUUCAUAAUUUAAGUGAAGACUACUGUGAUAUUUGGUACCGGCAAUUAAAGGAAAUUUUGAAUGGUUUUCCUAAUCGACCAAAGUCUCUAAAAGUAAUCAUAAACCCUCACAGCCAUAAAGGAGAGGCGCCCAAUGUGUAUUACCGGCACGUUGCUCCUCUUUUUAAGCUCGCUGACAUUCAGACCCACGUUACAGAAACUAAUUAUAAAGGACAUGCCCUUGCGUUACUUACAGAAUGUGAACUCCAGGAGUAUGACGGUAUAGUUUGUGUAGGAGGUGAUGGAUCAGUCAGCGAAGUUGUUCAUGGUCUUCUGCUUCGAGCCCAGAUGGAUGCUGGGAAGACUAUAAAUGGCAGCAUUUCUCCUGUCAGAGCCCCACUGCCACUUGGUAUAAUACCAGCCGGCACCACCAAUGUUUUGGCGUAUUCCCUUCAUGGUAUCAGACACUCGGUAACCGCUGCAUUGCACAUCAUUAUGGGGAACAUCCAGCCGGUUGACGCCUGUACUUUCAGCACUGAUGACAAGCUUCUGCGAUUUGGCUUUUCGUCAAUGUUUGGAUUUGGAGGAAGGACUCUCGCCCUUGCAGAAAAGCAUCGCUGGAUGCCCUCUAGUCAGAGAGGCGACUUUGCAGUUAUUAAAACACUUGCAAAUCUAAAAGCGGAUAGCUGUCAUUUGUCAUUUUUGCCGAUAAGCAACCAACAGUUACCAUUCCACCUCAAAAAGAACAACGAGGAUAAUUCCUUCAAGUCCGAGAGCAAGGAUCAGUGGCAGCACAUCCAGGGCCAGUUACUGAAUGUCAGCAUUAUGGCAAUCCCCUGCCUUUGUCCAAUGGCCCCUAGAGGCUUGGCACCUAAUACCAGGUUAAAUGAUGGCACAAUGGCACUGAUAAUUGUACAAAAUACUUCCAGACAAGAGUUUGUAAAGCAUUUGAAGCGCUACGCCACUCUGAAAAAUCAGUUUGACUUUCCUUUUGUUCAAGCUCACUUGGUUAAAGAAGUGAAGCUCUGCCCUCAGAGCAUUAAUCACUGCGGUAAUGGCUUACAUGAACUUAGUGGAGAAGAUCAUACAGGGUCUAGUGAAGAUGUUCAUCCAUGGAAUAUCGAUGGAGAUUUACUGGAAGCGUCUUCUGAAGUUCAUGUCCGCUUACAUCCUGAGCUCAUAAAUCUGUACGGGAGUAACAUAGAGGAACUGGAGGAGGUGAAGGCUAAAUGCAGCUGUUUGUAGCAGAAGCUUGCCAUAAAAUACCAACAUCCUGAUUUUCUACAAAUGUCAUUUUUAUUGAUUUGUGACAGCAGAGACAUUUGAAUGGCAAUGUUUAAUUAAAAGGGAUUGUGAACACUGAAACACACAAUUCUUUGAAACGUUACACAAUAGUACAAAAUUCUUCCACAAAAUAAAGAUUUUAGACGAGCCUAUUUUACAACAUAUGUUUAUAGAAUUUGUAAACUUGCACUUGCUUUUGUAGUAGCCUUUUUAUAUUAAAACAAAUGUGCAAUAAAAAUAUUUUUUUUUGCAAAGCUAUUUUUCAGUUCAAAUUAUUUAAUGCAUUUCCGUAUUCCUUCCUUCAUCUGUCUGCGUUAUCACCUGAGCACAGUGGGAGUAGCCUAUAGGUUUACGAUAGUCAAGCAUGGGUUAAAGGGCUUCAGGUUGGCAUUUUUUUUUUCUUUGCUUAUGCGCUAAUGUAUCUGUUUUCUCAGUACCGAAUGUACAAGUCAGUGCUCACUUUAAGGCUGGGAUGUGCGAUUCCAAUCUUAAAGGGGUUUUCAGAGACCCCCAAAAAUAAAAGGUAGAUAGUAAAGGAAAAGAGUAUUCUAAAAUAACAAAAGGAUCCACACUCACCUAUCUGAUCCACAGUUUUUAGCACCAAUGGUUUCGUGCUCUCCAUCGGUCUUUAUUUCCAGCGCUGCAGCAAUGAUCUCCCCAACUACCAAACAUGACCACUGUAGCCAAUCAUUGACUUCAGUGGUCUUGUGAGGUAGUCGCAGGCAUCAUCGCUGGAGCACCGGCCUCUCUGCAGCAUUGAUGUGCCUGACUACCCCAUGUGACAGCAGAAGGCAGCGAUUGGCUGCAGUGAUCACAUGUGAUAAGUGAUGUCGUCACUGCAGCGGCAUACACAAAGACUGACAGGGUGGUGUUGGAGCAGCAAGUGAUCGGACAGGUGAGUAAAGCUUCUCUUGUUAUUUUAGAACACUCCCUGGCUUUAUCUCAAUUUUGGAAGUCUGAAAAAACCUGUUUAAUGCAAAUUGCAUCUUUUUUGGUACAGUCCACAGGACAUCAGUGCUAUGUCGGCACACUGAAUAUGGUAAAUAAAAAAAGUAGAAGGUAGUAAAUAUGAUUUGUGUCUGCUUAUUAACCCACUCACUUUAAGAGACUUUAUGGACAUAUAUUAGACAGUAGGACAUAAAUAUUCAGAAAACAUUUUUACCACAAUUUUCAUUUCACACAAAACAACCUAAUAUAAAAAAAAAUUAUGGAGAACCCCUUUAAGCCUCCUAAAUGUCUGUCUCCACAAUGAAUAGGCAGUAGCAACACUUUGAGAGCACCUUUGAUUGUCAUUGCAAUGGUCUGCUAGGUCAGAUGGGACCCAGAUGGUUAAGUAUAGUUAGAGAGGAGGGAGACGGCACACUGCGCACAGCUGAUCGGUGGGGGUGCCAGGUUGAGACAGCCCCUUUAAAAGUUUAUAAAUUAGAACAAAAUGAGCUCUUAACAA